AUGGAUAACGCAUCUCAAAUAACAUCAUUUGUUCUUUCAGGUUUGAAUGUAAUGAAGUACCAACAAGUUGCUCUCUUCUCUCUAACUUUAAUAUCUUAUUGUUUUGUUGUGCUGGUGAAUGUGGCUGUUAUAGUUGUCAUCAUCUUUGAUAAGAACAUGCAUGAACCAAUGUAUAUUUUAUUGUGCACUUUCUGCAUAAAUGGACUUUAUGGGACAACAGGUUUCUACCCAAAGGUUCUGUGGGAUCUGCUCUCUCCUGUUCAUGUAAUCUCUUAUUCUGGAUGCCUUGUUCAGGCUUUUGUGUUGUACUCAUUUGUCUGCAGCGAUUUGUCCAUUCUUGCAGUUAUGUCCUAUGACAGAUAUGUGGCUAUAUGUCGACCCCUGGUGUACCACUCUGUCAUGUCAAAGAAGAGACUUUUAAUGUUCGUAUCUUUCUCCUGGUUGACACCUUUUUGCCUUUCUGCCGUGACUAUGAUCCUCACAUCUAGAUUAAAGUUAUGCAGCUCAUACAUUGCCAGACUUCAUUGUAUAAAUUGGAUUAUUGUGAAACUUGCUUGCUUCCCAGCUGACACUAUUGUUAAUAACAUAGUGGCAAACAUAGUAAUAAUAAUUUUCUCAAUUCAUUUUUUUUUCAUAGUUUGGACCUACGUGUAUGUCAUCAAAACAUGUGUGAAUUGUUCAGAAAAGAGGGCAAAGUUCAUGCAGACAUGUGUGCCACAUUUAACCUCCUUGCUCAUUUUUACUGCCACUAUACUAUUUGAUAUCCUAGAUGUGCGUUUUGGUUCAAAUCUCUCUCCAACCACUCAAAAUGUUAUUGCAAUAGAACUUCUAAUUAUACCUCCAACCAUGAAUCCUCUCGUUUAUGGCUUUAAAUUAACCAAAAUUAGGAACAGAAUCUUGGCUGGUUUUAAUUUAAAAAAUUUAAUGCAUCAUCAUAUUUGA